AGGGUAGGGGGGCUUUCUUUACAGUAAGUUCUUGAUUUGUGCAUUGUGUUUAGAGUAUCGCUAUUAUGAAGGUGACAAUAAGGCAACAGUAAGUGACAACGCGAUACCUUUUUGAUGGAAAUGACAGCAAUUAUGACUGUUAUGAAUCAGUGAGUCGGAAUGUGUUUCAAAGAAAACUUCGCCGAAGUUUACUGAGCCAUUCAGGGAUUAAUUGCUGAAGUGGUCCUUUGGUAAUGACGUGUUAUUUGCUAGUUUGUACUGUAACCUUGUUUAAGCCUGUGCCAUUGAGGAGUUAAGUUUACGUGAGGUCUUUGAUAUUGAGCGAAAAGUGGACGGAAACCGGAUUGCGGCAGGCGCCCGAAGCUACCGGCAUUAACCAAACAUCAAUCAAUCUGCCGAGAUGUGUCCCGUUCUAUCGAGACCUUUGACUGUUUUGAGUUAAGAAGAGACACAGCGCGUUGCUUUCAAAGUGACUAGAAAGUCAAAUUUAUAACUGAAAGACUCUUAACGAAGUUGAGACGAGAAACACAGCAACAACAACAGACUGGAUGCUUUUGUUUGACUGUAAUUACUGCAAAGGAAUUUGACACGAUAGAAACGUUGGUGUUUUUGAAGAUAAGGGGAGUUUGAAGCAAAAAAACAAGACAUAACUUUUGGCAAUUCUUUGCCAUGGCACGCCGAGUUUCAAUAUCUCUUCCUAUGAUUACUGAGGCUAUCCAUUCCGCCAAGGAUUUCAGGCAUCGAGCCUCAGAUACCGACAAUGUCGAGCAUCAGCAUAUUAACAAGAUGCUACUCAAAGCCUCUAUUAACGUCGUACCAGAACAAUCUGACACACACGCAACGUCCGAACGCUACAAACUAUCGGUGGUUGGGGACGCAGAGAGCGGUAAGACGUCUCUUCUGAACGCACUGGUGAAGAGUGAUAUAGAGGUCGAGGAAACAGUCAUAUUUGAAGAAUGCGUGACGGAUGUGACUUCAGGGGAUAGUAAUCUUGAAUUCAUGCUGUGGGACAGUUCAGGACUUGAGAAUUAUGAGAGCAUUCGUCGCCAGAUGUACCUUGAUACCGAUGUGUUCCUGGUGUGCUUUGAUAUCGGCAACCCGUCCUCGCUACAAAGCGUCAUCGACAAGUGGGCCCCAGAACUAAAAGAGGCGUGCCCGGGCGUUCCCUAUCUUCUGAUUGGUUGCAAGAAUGACUUACGGACGGACUCAGCGUUAGAGCUCAACUUUCUCUCGGUUCCAGGGGAGCCUGAUAAUGCGGAUAGCAUAAGCCGAUUACGAGCCAUCGCUACAGCACAGUCAAUAGGAGCACGGCAAUACGUCGAAUGUUGUGCCAAGAUGCGUUGGAACAUCAAGGAAGUGUUUCAACAAGCUGCCGAGGCUAUACUGAGCAAAGAGGACUCAAACAACACAGAGGCACCGAAGCCGCAAUCAAUGCUUCGUAGGUUUUCGCGCUUUGCUCGGCGUAGUUCGGCAGCCGAUGUGAUGGACAUGAAUUCUUCCCCGUUGCCUGUUCCGACAGGAUGCCGAAGACUUUCGUUGUUCACGACAGGCUGAUCUUUUAAUCUUUGAAGAUUCUCGCUCGUUCGGCGUAGUUUCGGUAGUUUGGCAGCCGACGUGAUGUUCAUGCGAAUUCUUCCCCGCCGUCUGUUCCGACAGGAUGCCGAAGACAUUCGUUGUUCACGGCAGAAUGAUAUUUUCUAUCAAGCUUUGCCUUCGAAGAUUCUCGUUUGCGACAGCCGACGCAGCAAUCAAUGCUUCGUAGGUUUUCGCGCUUUGCUCGGCGUAGUUCGGGGGCCGAUUUGAUGGACAUUAACUUUUCCUCAUUACCUGUUCCGACAGAAAGACAUUCAUUGUUUACGACAGGCUGUUAUUUUUUAUCGAACUUUGCCUUUUAUUAUUCUCGCUUGUUCGGCGUAGUUUGGCAGCCGAUGUAAUGGCCAUCCGAAUUUUUCCCUAUAUUACCUGUUCCGACAGGAUGCCGAAGACUUUCGUUGUUCACGACGCUCGCUCGGCGUAGUUCGGUACCCGAUGUAUAUAGACACGGCGAAUUCUUCAUCGUCUGCAUUGUUCACAACAUGCUAGAGAUUAUUAUUAAGUUAUAUUUAAAAUAUAUUUUGUUUUAUUAGCUAUUAUCCCAUCCUCGGGCUUAAAUUCCUGGAGCUUCGAGUACAUUUUAAAAAAUAUACUAGUAUAACUCAAUGAAUGACAACACCCUGGGACUCGGAAAACAAUAUUACUUAUGAUACCGGAUAUUGUACAAACUUCGAAUAACUUCACAGAAAACUUGGUCCUCAGCGUCUUAACAAUUUAUGUCGACUCUCGAGAGCAUAGCAAGGAUUACCCCAAUAACUCCCGCCAAUCACAGAAUAGGACAUUUUUUCCAUAAAUGCCUUAUAUUUUACAAGUCUCUUUUUUAUUGCUAGCAACUUUUUCAGCUAUGUGCUCUCAAUCACAAAAAUAGCAGGGGACAAAGUAUUGGACCCGAUCGAACGUGUGAAAAUUCCAAAUCAAUUUCAAAUAAACUUCAAUAAACUCUCUCGGGCCUCACCAGGGCCGUAGCAGG